AUGGCCCAAGUGGAAGUUACACCGAUACCGAUUGUCUCAGGGAGGGCUUCCAAAAUCCCUCCCAUCUACGAACGUCCAACAACCAGCAACAUUUCAAUUGAGGAAGGAGGUGUUAUUAACGUAUCAAAAUCAUGCAACCGUCAGCAGCUUCCGUUAUCUGUUACUCGUGGCGUGAGAUCGCGGCCACUGGGAGAUGCCACCUCGAUGAAGGUGGAGACAGUUCCUCUCCUAAGCCCGACGAUGGAGUCCGAGCUUUUGAAGCAGUCCUGGAUAUUCCCGCACACAAAGGGAAAUCUUACGAAAGAAGAGGACCCCGUGGUACUUUCCGCCUGGGAAGAGGACUUUCAGGAUCUGAGCAGUUGGUGCAUGGAUACGUUCCAGGGUCAAUGCGAUUUUCAUAUAGGUGAAUCGGCUACGUUUAAACUAUCAGAUAUGAAAUACGAGGGUAACGGCGUUUCGAUUGUAAAAGACGAAGAGUUGUUAAAGGAUUUGCCGAAAACGAUUGAUGAAAAGUUGGAUUUAAAGAUGGAUACCGUUAAGGCGACUAAAGAAUUAAAUGACAACCGUCUGCUAUCUCCAUCGGAACUCGUUAACAAAUACGGAUUAGAAUAUAAUAAUGAGGAGAACAAUACAUCCAGCUCGUGGUUAAUGUCACCAAAAUCUAUAGCUUCUAAGAGCACCUCGCCGAGCAAACAGAAUGAUGCAGAUGUUAGCGCGCCACUCCAAUCCAAGAGUCAUGAUUUGAAUUACGCUAGCUCGAUGUCACUUAACACCGUUGCAAAUCAGCGCGAAACAUGGGAUGAAUUACGCACGAUCGAGACGACUGGAUCGGAUACUUUCGACUUAUUGUCAUAUCUUUGGGAGGAUGAAAUACGUUCGCUGGAAAAUAAUAUAUCUACCGAUUCUUCGGCAAUAAUGAAAGUUAGAUCGCACGCAACAACGUCAUCGUCAGUACGAUCAUUUACCUCCACAAAAGUAAAAACGGAGAAGAUCGACGAAUCGGCGCCGGCGCCGACGCCGACGCCGACACCGACGCCAACGCCGACGCCGACGCCACCUUCGCCGCGUCGAAGGAUGGAGACUCGCGCAACAUCGACGAUAACCUCGUCCACGGCCAAGUCUCCCGUAGCAUCGUCUCGAAGAUCGGAGAGAACGAGGGUAGCGACCAUUAAAAACAAAGAGAGGGAGAAAGUCGCUGUCACCAGUACAAAGACGAAGGAUAAGAACGGGAGGAAAAGAUAUUACGAAGAAAGCGAUUCCGAGGAGGAUGUCGUCCUCACUCAAUAUAGGGAGUGCCGUGAGAAAAACAAUGAGGCUUCGCGAAGAUCACGGAUGAACAAGAAAGCUAAGGAAUCGGAAAUGACCAGGAGAGCGAACGAGCUGGAAAGGGACAACAAAAUAUUGAAGAUGAAGGUCGAGGAGCUGGAGAAGCUGGUGACGUCGAUGCGUAACGCGUUAUUACAAUCUGCUUUAAAGAAAGAAUUUUAAGUAUGCGUUAUUUAAUAUCUAGACGUUCUGUCGCGACCUGUCGCGCAUAAUCUAAUUAACCACGUUUGUUACGUCUUUCCGUUAUGUCAUGCAUGCGCCAUUAUUACGCGACGAUGUCUUUUACCACGAAAGAGCUGUAUGAAUUUUAACGUUGAACUUAUUUGCCUUAAUUGUCUUAAUGUGAGGUUAAAAGUGUUCUUGAAAGCUUAUUAUUAUCGUUAUUUUGAUCUUAUUCUAUUGAGAAACGUUUCUUUUUAUUUAUCCCGCUUCAGUAUCUAUUCUAUAUAUCGUUACACAAUUUAAUUGUCCCGACUAAAUUAAUCGCGAACUAGCGAUAGACUAAUUGUACGCUGCUGCAAUGCGUUUAAAAAUGUUUUCACAAUGUGACAUUUGGCUUGCUGUAUGUCGGUAUGCUGAAAUAUAUUAAAUAAAUAUUUAUUUUGUUAUAACAAAUGAGAGAAAGAGAGAAUAGAAACACCGAAAUUAGAAUGUAUUUUACGUAAUAAACACACGCACGCACACACACACACAAACACACACACACACA